UACAGUUCGAAGGACCAUAACACUUGACAUCAAUAACGAACGACUACCUCAGAUCUAUGACGGAUAUCUUGUAUUAAAAAUUCUGCAAGGGUUCAUCAGUUCUUUCAAUAAUUCCAUAUGAUUUUUUUUUUCUUGUUUUUUUUUCUCCAGAGUGCCCUUGGAUGUUACAAGAAGGCCCACAACUGGGCGUCUAGGGACGAGGAUUUGGUAUCAGCGGCGAAAAACAUGGCAACAACGUCUUCGAGACUAGCUACGCUUAAGAUGGCAACCGGAUGUGUUUCUGACCAAAAGGUGAUUCACGAAUACUUCAAAGAUGCUCUGCAGUACUUCGGCAAAGCUUUUCCCAAAAGAAACUGCAAAGGACAAGCCUGGGCCAAACAUCUGGAGAAGUCAAUUCAGGAUUGCCUACAUGAAAUCAGAACUUGGAUCGAACCUAAGGAUGAAGCCGAUCGGAUAGUUGCUCUGACUGAAUACUUGGAAUACCUACCUUCAUGUGGCGCCAAAGUUGAGGGGUAUCUUUACAUUGCAACCAUCUAUUUCAAGAAAGGCAAAGAAGUCUUGAAGUUUGACGAAUAUGAAAACUGCCAAGGGUACUUGAAGGAUUGUCGCGUUCCUUUGGGGGAGGCAGAGAGGAUGUGUGAUAAUGUAGACCCAAUCAUUCGUUUGGAUGUCACUGCGUUGAAGAAGAAUGUAGAGUACCACGAAGGCCUUGUCAGGAGGUCAAUAGCCAGAGCAAGAGAUGCAGAAGCGCGUCAACAACGGGAACUAGCGGAGGCUAAGGAGAAGGAGAUUGCGAUAGACCAACUGAAGGCUGAUAUAAAAACACUAGACCUUCUCUUGAAGUUAUCCAUCGGAGACUUCGUCAAGCAAGUCUAUCAAUUGUGGCCUCCUAAGGGUACUAAGGAAACGAAGCCUUCCUUGACGUCAUCAACAUCGUCGUCGUCGUCGCAGAAGAAGCUACUGAUCCGAGCCAUCAGCGAUUAUCACCCGGACAAGGUUGAUAAGAGCGUCCAUGGUAUCAAAUGGCAGUUACUCUCAUGUGAAAUUACCAAAUGCCUGAGCAUGCGAUUAGCCAAAAUUAAGUAACAGAGCAACGGCGGCAUGAUCUUCGAGAAAUCAACUAUAUAUAGGCCUACAAGCUUUGCUUCUUAAAUAGGUUCUCGAUAUUUCACAUUAUUUUUCUGUUAUUGUCUAUCAUUGUUUUUUUUUUUAUUAUGCAGUCUCUUUUUAAAUCUUAUGUAUGAACGACCAAUAAAACAAAACAAACAAGUUCAUUGCCUGUUUGUUUGUCCUAUAGAAAUCAUGUUCAGAUUAUGUAAAACGUCAUUAUAAUGUUCUUAUAUGUUAAUAGGUGAUGGACAAGGCUGGAUUUGGGGGGGGGGGGGGCUGAGGUUAAUUUUUCGAAAUUCCUUGCUAUCGUGUUUCAUACAUUAUAUCUUCCUUGACAGGGCAGAAUAUCAAAUUAGACUCCACUAUCAGAUAUAUCCAAAUUACACGAAACUUUGUUCCUGUCACCUACUUUUCGUUCCGUGUUCCUUUCAACAUAUUAUUAUUUCUUUUGUUUUGUUAGAAUAGAAUAUUGACUGUGACAUGUUAUCGUUCGUUUUACGCCCAUGCUUACAUACGAGCAUGGAACGCCCUCGACCAGCAGUCUGUAUUAGCCCCAUCUGUUAAGAACUUUGGAAACACGCUUUAGCAUGUACCACCUGCCAUACAUGUUACCGACAUGCGAAAUACCGCCCUGCUGACUCCAAUUUCAGAAGAUUCAGAAGAAUGAUAUAUAUUUAUAAAACACCAACAUUUGAGGUAUAGAGGAAUUAGAUUUCCAUGAUUUAUCGGGGCUUAACUUCAAGGAACCAUAUUAACGAAAUUCUGUAUUAUUGUACUGAUUUGCCAAAAGGAUGUAGAGGAUGGUGAUCUAGGAGGAGCAAUUGACAUUCAGCUAAAAGAUGAUCUUUUUUUUUUUGUCAUGGGCCGGUUAUAACAAUGUUCAUUUUCUGUUGUGGGAUGGACAGGGGCUGUCCUUAUAGAUCAUAUACUCUAAUCUUAACAACUGAAUCAUUCAUACUCCUUGUAAAUUUGAUCUCUUAUACUCAAGAAUGAAAGGUGGGCUGGUUGAAUUAGGGCCUUUGUUAAAUACUUAUAGAUUCAAGCUUUAAAUAUGUGACAUUCUCAACAAACAUAAAUCGGGGCAAAUCAAUUUUUUACAUACUGUUAAAAAAUUGCAAAACUUAGUAAGGGUAUGAUGUAUGACAGAAAAGUACUUGUGUGUAAUUCUGUAUACAUGUACACUGUAUGAGAAUAAUGCAAUGUGUGAAUAAAAUUAUUUUGUAUUCACGUGGUGCACUUUCUAAUAACUACUUUUUUUGCAAUUGGCCUUAAAAUAGAAGGUAUACAAGAUGAUAUAAACAUUUAAUGAAAAUUGAAGUAUCCAGUAUUGUGAUUUCAA